CCGCAUAAUUGCGCCCGUCUUUCUGUCCAACGCGCAUCGCGCGGCUGCUCACCUACCCUAGACUGUGGCGCGGCAACCUCCAGCUGUGGCGCUCAUGGCCCGCCCCGCGCUAAUUUGGCGGCUGGAAGGGGGUUUGAUACCUGACUUCCCAGGCGCUAGCCCCUGGUUGGCCGCGGUGCCUGGUAGGUAUGGAGCUGGAGGUGCCCUGGCAUCCGCGCUGCCAUGCCGUGAUCUCACUGAAAAGGAGCACCGGCCUUGGAAGGGGGCAAGCCAAGGUACCUAAGGUACGUACCCGCCGCUCGUGGCCAGCCUGGCAGAACCACGGCAAGGGGGGCCGCGAUAUCGACCUAUGCUCCAGGACACCUACGACUUUCCACAAUUUCCCAAGGAGAGCUUCAUCCCGACGGCACAACCAGAGCUGCGCGCAAUCGCUGAGUCUGCACAGUUCGACUCGGCUCCUCUCACAGACGCAGCAGCUCACCUCCAUCUAACGAUCAAACCAGCGGCUACCCCUGGGUCCCUCACCGCCAGCUGUCUGUCUGCAAGGUCGCAUGGUGCCACGACGACCUUGUCGACCGCCCCCCACCACCGACAUUGCAGUAUAGCCCUUUGUCGCCGUCAAUCGAUCCCUGGAGAGGAGUUUCGCUGGCGCUGGCAGUUUUCCGGCACCGACAUUCGCCAUGAGACUGGACGUCAAGCGCCAGCUCUAUGCUCGUAGCGAACGAGUCAAGGGCAUAGAUUUCCAUCCGCAGGAACCAUGGAUCCUCACCACCCUCUACAGCGGUAUGCAUUACUCCAUUGCCACAGUCUCAAUGGAGGCGCAACGCCAAUUCUGACGCCCCCCUUCCCCAGGUCAUGUCUAUAUCUGGUCGUACGAAACGCAGCAGACUGUCAAGACCUUUGAACUCACCGAUGUUCCGGUGCGCGCCGGUCGAUUUGUUGCACGCAAGAACUGGAUCGUUUGCGGUUCCGACGAUUUCCAAUUGCGUGUCUACAAUUACAACACGUCGGAGAAGAUCACGUCCUUUGAGGCGCAUCCCGACUACAUCCGAGCCAUCGCCGUGCAUCCGACUCUUCCCUUCGUGCUCACUGCCUCCGAUGACAUGACCAUCAAGCUGUGGGACUGGGACAAGGGCUGGAAGUGCGUCCAGGUCUUCGAAGGCCACAGCCACUAUGUCAUGGGCCUUGCCAUCAAUCCCAAGGACACCAACACCUUUGCGUCGGCUUGUCUGGACCGCACAGUCAAGAUUUGGAGCCUUGGAUCUGGGACCGCCAAUUUCACACUCGAGGCGCAUGAGACCAAGGGUGUGAACCAUGUCGACUACUACCCCCACUCGGAUAAGCCGUACCUUCUCACGGCUUCGGACGAUCGGACGGUCAAGGUCUGGGAUUACACUACAAAGUCCCUCAUCGCCACCCUGGAAGGCCACACCAACAAUGUCUCUUUCGCCUGCUAUCAUCCCGAGCUUCCCGUCAUCAUCUCCGGCUCCGAGGACGGCACGAUACGCAUUUGGCACGCCAACACCUAUCGCUUCGAGCAAUCGUUGAACUACAGCCUCGAGCGAGCUUGGUGUGGUUCGUAUCAGAAGGGAAAGCAGGGUAUAGCUGUCGGCUAUGACGAUGGUGCCGUGGUCAUCAAGUUGGGUCGGGAAGAACCGGCCGUGUCAAUGGAUGCGUCAGGCAAGCUGAUUUGGGCGAGACACAAUGAGGUCGUCUCGUCUAUCAUCAAAGGAGAUGCAUCGAUCAAGGACAACGAUCCCAUCUCUCUGCCAACCAAAGACCUCGGAACCUGCGAGGUGUACCCGCAGACGCUUAUUCACUCGCCCAAUGGGCGCUUCGUCGCUGUUUGUGGAGAUGGCGAGUACAUCAUUUACACAGCGCUGGCCUGGAGAAAUAAGGCCUUUGGAUCUGCGCUCGACUUCGUGUGGGCCUCCAAGGAGAACAGCAACGAUUUUGCGAUUCGCGAGUCCCCCAUGAGCGUCAAGGUGUACAAGAACUUUGUCGAGAAGAGCGGCGGCCUGGACGUCGGCUUUCAGGCGGAGGGCCUGACAGGCGGCAUUCUGCUGGGAGUCAUUGGUCAAGGCGGGGUCUCUUUCUUCGACUGGAACACGGGUGGCCUUGUCAGAAGAAUCGAGGUCGAGCCGAAGCACGUCUACUGGUCAGAGAGCGGCGAGCUUGUUGCCAUUGCCUGCGAGGAUACCUGCUAUGUCCUGAGAUUCUCUCGCGAGAACUAUGUCGAGGCCGUUCAGGCCGGGCAGGUGGAGGAGGACGGUGUCGAGGCUGCUUUCGAAGUCAUCACGGACAUUAGUGAAGGUGUUCGGACGGGAGAGUGGGUUGGCGACUGCUUCAUUUACACCAACCAGACCAACCGACUCAACUACCUCGUUGGCGACCAGACAUACACGGUGUCUCAUUUCGACAAGCCCAUGUACGUCCUUGGAUACAUUCAGAGGGACUCGCGCAUCUACCUCGCGGACAAGGAUGUCAACGUGACGUCGUUUGCUCUGUCCCUCCCUGUGCUGGAGUACCAGACACUAGUGCUCCGGGAAGACAUGGACACCGCUGCCGAGCUGUUGCCGACGAUUCCUGCGGACCAGCUCAACAAGGUCGCGAGGUUCCUCGAAGGUCAAGGUCACAAGGAACUUGCGCUGGAAGUCGCUACGGACCCCGAGCACAAGUUCGAUCUUUCACUGGCUCUGGGCCAGCUGGAUAUCGCCCUGGACUUGGCGCGCAAGGCCGACGCGGACCACAAGUGGAAGACAGUCGGCGAUGCGGCGCUAGCAGGAUGGGAUGUGGCACUUGCGGCCGAGUGCUUCACGCACGCAAAGGACCUGGGCUCGCUUCUCCUGUUACACUCGUCGACGGGCAACAAGGAGGGCCUCGCAGCGCUCGCGGCGCAGGCUGUGGAGAGCAACGCUCACAACGUGGCCUUUUCGUGCUACUGGCUUCUGGGCGACAUUGACCACUGCGUCGAGACGUUGACAAAGACUGACCGGCUGGCGGAGGCGGUGCUGUUUGCGCAAACAUACAAGCCCAGUCUGGCAGUGCGCCUCGUCAAGGAGUGGAAAGAAAGCCUGGAGAAGAGCAAAAAGGGCCGUGUAGCUAAGCUGAUUGGCAUUCCGGACGAAGACGAGGACCUCUUUCCCGAGUGGGAUGCCUGGCUGAAGGCGGAGCGUGAGGGCGGGGCGGUCGAGGAGACUCAGGCGCCGGAGGAGUCGGAGGACGGGGUGGCUCAGGCCACGGAGACGCAGCAGGAGGGGGGGCCUGAGGCUGAGGAAGAGGCAGAGGACGAGGAGUAAAAUGGCUUGGCGCAUGGCUGUUGGUUAUGUGGACGAAGAGCGGCGGGCUCUCCCACCGCGGCCCCCGGCUGGGGCGCCUCGCAUGAUGCACCAUGGUAAUGAAUGAGUACCUAUCGAAAGAGUUUACGUUUGCGGCCUGCACGGAUGAAAGAAAGCAGAGAAAUUUGCUGCAGAGGGUGAUUGCAUGCUGGAUAUGUCUUGUCUCUGACUACGGCAUCGUCGUGGUCUUGCAUGGGGGUACUUGGACGGUGCAACACGAACAGCCGCCUUGACGGGUAGCCGGGCCGUUGGGACAUGCCUAAAAAUCCGCGCGGGGGCGGUGGCUGCCUCGCUGAGGGCAGCGGUUGGUGGGCUCGUCCGUUGGGUCGGGCCUUUUCCUUCCAAGCAUAGACAGCUGGAGGGCGGUGGACGCUUGGGGUGGGCAGCAGCCAGGCGACGGGCUACGGCUGUAGUACUAAGGU